CCAACAGCUAAGUCCAAAUGCGUCUAUAAAUGUUAGUAAACACAGCCAAGCUUAUUAUCCUUAACUAUCCUCUGCUCUCGCUUCCCAGUCUGUAACAAAUGGAUAGAUUCUCUGUUGCGGGAGUGGUAGUGUUUUGCUUGUUACUAAUAUUAUCGUCUUCAUUAGCGGCAUCCACAACAAAAACUGGACUCAGACGGAACCUCCUGGCGAAUGGUCUCGGAAUGACUCCUCCAAUGGGGUGGAAUAGUUGGAAUCACUUUGGUUGCCAAAUUGAUGAGAAAAUGAUCAAAGAGACCGCUGAUGCCUUGGUUUCGACUGGUCUUGAUAAACUUGGUUAUACCUACGUUAACAUUGAUGAUUGCUGGGCAGAAAUAGCUCGUGAUGACAAGGGAAGGCUAGUGCCUAAGAAUGCUACAUUUCCAUCUGGCAUUAAAGCUCUGGCAGACUAUGUCCACAGCAAGGGUCUUAAAUUAGGAAUUUACUCGGAUGCAGGGUAUUUCACAUGUAGCAAAAAGAUGCCGGGUUCACUUGGCCAUGAGGAACAAGAUGCUAUGACUUUUGCUUUGUGGGGCAUUGAUUAUUUGAAGUAUGAUAAUUGCAAUAAUGAUGGCACAAAGCCAACUGUUAGAUAUCCUGUCAUGACACGUGCUCUGAUGAAGACAGGCCGCCCUAUAUUCUUCUCACUUUGUGAAUGGGGAGACUUGCAUCCUGCUCUUUGGGGUGGUAAGGUGGGAAAUAGCUGGAGAACAACCAAUGACAUUGCUGAUAAUUGGGAAAGUAUGAUCUCCAGGGCAGACAUGAAUGAAGUUUAUGCUGAACUUGCAAGGCCGGGUGGUUGGAAUGAUCCUGACAUGCUUGAGGUAGGGAAUGGAGGGAUGACAAAAGAUGAAUACAUAGUCCACUUCAGUUUAUGGGCCAUAUCCAAGGCUCCACUUCUUAUUGGUUGUGAUGUGAGGAAUAUAACAAAAGAGACGAUGGAAAUUGUUGCUAAUAAGGAGGUUAUUGCUGUUAACCAAGACCCACUAGGCCUUCAAGCAAAGAAGGUUAGGAUGAUGGGUGACUAUGAGAUUUGGGCUGGGCCCCUCAAAGACUACAGAGUAGUUGUUUUACUACUCAACCGAGGCCCUUGGCGCGGUUCGAUUACUGCUAACUGGGAUGACAUUGGAAUCCCUCCACAAAGUUCUGUUCAAGCAAGAGAUGUUUGGAAGCACAAGACAUUGAAGGCACAAUUUGUAGGGAACAUAACGGCGACUGUGGAUUCUCAUGCAUGCAAGAUGUAUAUUUUGAAACCUAUUUCAUAGGCAGAUCACAGAAAUUACCAUUGGCAUCGGAAUGGAACGUGUAUCUGUAUAACAUGUUAUAUUGGAAUUCGAUAAACGAUUAUGUCAAAUCCAAAAAACAAUUAUUUAAUAAGAGCUGUCUUGAAAAGGAAAUUAGUCGCAA